UUGUCUGACCAAUGUAAUCGUUCGUGGAUGACUAUUUCCCGCGGUUGUGAAAGAUUUGGCGGGAGUCAUUGUACAUCCACAGAGAGAGCGGUGUUGGCUGUCAGAGUGGCUUGGAAUCCAUCUCCAUCGUUAUAUUUUAGAGUCGCACAUCGUCACGAUUACCUUGGAACGACCAACUUUUAAUUGCUUAUAAUUUUUAUUCCUGAAUUUUUAAUAUCACAAUGUUUGAAGCACGUCUAGUUCAAGGUUCUUUAUUAAAAAAGAUUUUGGAAGCCACUAAAGACUUGUUGACGGAGGCAAUAUGGGACUGCAACAGCACGGGAAUUACUUUACAGGCUAUGGACAGUUCUCACGUCAGUUUAGUGUCCUUGCAGAUGAGAAGUGAUGGGUUCGAGAGUUAUAGAUGUGAUCGAAAUUUGGCGUUGGGUAUGCCACUAACAAGCAUGUCAAAAAUUUUACGGUGUGCCGGCAAUGACGAUAUCAUUACAGUCAAGGCAGAUGAUACAGGAGACAAAGUCACGUUUGUAUUUGAAUCGCCGCAGGGUGAAAAGAUGUCAGAUUAUGAAAUGAAGUUGAUAGAUUUAGAUACAGAACAUUUGGGCAUUCCUGAUACUGAAUAUAGUUGUGUUGUUAAAAUGCCUGCUGCCGAGUUUCAGAGGGUGUGUAGAGAUUUGAGUCAAAUAGGUGAAUCUGUGAUCAUCACCUGUACUAAAGAAGGGGUUCGCUUUACAGCAAGUGGAGAUUUAGGAACUGGAAAUAUUAAACUUGCACAAAAUAUAAACACAGAUAAAGAAGAAGAAUCGGUUGUUGUGGAAAUGAGUCAAGGCGUUUGUUUAACAUUUGCUUUACGGUAUCUUAAUUUUUUCACCAAAGCCACACCAUUAUCUCCUCAAGUUACUCUCUCUAUGUCACAAGAUGUUCCUUUAGUUGUUGAAUAUAAAAUUGGUGACAUGGGCCAUUUACGCUACUAUCUUGCUCCCAAGAUUGAAGAAGAUAAUAACGAUAGUUAAAGAAUUGUUGCUGUAAAUUGUGCUAAUAUGUAUUAUACUAUAGUGUCCUUGUAUAAAUUGUUUUUAUGUGAUAAAUAUACUAAACCAUGAAAUCAUCCCUCUAAACAUGUGCAUCAGAAUUUACUUGAAUAAAUCUGGUUAACCAUC